UCGGUCUCCAAACGGCAGCGGGCAACAACGCUGCAGUGUCCAAAAGCCGAUUUACAGUUUUAUAUGCCAGUUAUGAGUGCAACCAACAAACGGCGACCGCAUUUCCGUAAUGGCGAAUGUGUGCACAAAAACCAAACGCAGUGAAUCACUCAAAUUUAGCCAAAGACAAUAAUUAACAGUAAAAGUAAAAUAGAAGAAAAAACUAAAUUUCGCUGCAGUCGCAAGCUAAACGAAAUCGCCGCAGUGAAAGUGAAAAAAAGAAAUAGAAAAAUUUGAUGGCAUCUUUUAGGCGCAGCACAUAAAAGAUUCGCCCCCGAUUUUUUGAUACUUGCGGUCGUUUCAGUUGUGGUUGUUGUUGCUGGACGCCCACAUCCCACAGCAGCUGUUUAAAUGUAUUUGAGUGCUUGCAACCAACAGCGGCCAGCCCCCUUGAGGGCCGGCAAUCCAUGGAGUAUUCAAACUCUAAAUGUUUGAAUCACAACGAGCCAAUACAAGAGCAGCCACAGCAGCAGCAGCAGCAAAGUGAACAGCAAAGCAGGCUAUCCUUGCUCAACGGCUAUUUCCCAGCAGUUAAGGAAACGACGGAAAGUGCAACCGCAACUGCACCUGGCCAGAGUCAACGUUGCCCCAAUACACCGCCCACAACGCCCAGCAGUCCGUUCCGAGAGCCGCCUCAGAGCCCCUCGGAUGGUCAAACCUCUUCGCUGAGCUCGCAUUCGGCUUCCAGUGACAUCUUGUUGGCUGCCCGGUUUUCCCUCACGAAGCAGAUCAUGACCCAGGAAAGAAACGCCAACUACAACAGCAACAACACAUGAAAUCGCAACAUUUUAUUGAGGUUGCUGACAUUCAGGCAUACAUUGCACAUGCCUCUACUCAUGCCA